GUCAACCAUGACCACGUUGAAGAACAUUAUCGUCGUAGGUGGCUCCUACGUGGGCAAGUCGACUGCUCAGGAACUGGCGCGGAUUGUGCCACAUACACAUAGAGUUCUCCUCGUUGAACCUCACAGCCAUUUUCACCAUCUCUUCGCAUUCCCUCGAUUUGCCAUUGGAUCCGGCCAUGAACACAAAGCAUUCAUCCCGUACACUGGACUCUUUUCGUCCGUUUCCCCCGCCGCCCACCACGCAGUUGUCCAAGCACGAGUGCUCUCCGUACAGCCCCAAUACGUCCAGCUGGAUCGAGAAUGGGAGGGAUCCGGCCAAGUCCCGUUCGAGUACCUGGUUGUAGCAACCGGAACACGAUUGGCUGAGCCCGCAGGCAUGCGGGAUGACGAUAAACUGUCCUCCGUGGCGUAUCUCCAGAAACAUCAAGCCGCCGUGAAGCAAGCCAAGUCCAUUGUCGUCGUCGGCGGCGGUGCCGUUGGUGUGCAAAUGGCCGCCGAUUUGAAAGAAUACUACCCCGAAAAGGACGUCACAGUGGUGCACUCGCGCACUCAUCUGAUGCCGCAGUUCCACCCGGACCUGCACUACCUCAUCAAAGACCGCUUUGACGAGCUGGGAGUCAAGCUGGUCACCAGCUCCCGCGUCAAGAUCCCCCGCGCGGGGUUCCCGAACAACGGCACCCCCUUUGACGUCGAACUCGCGGAUGGAUCCAUCAUCCCCUCGGCCGACUUUGUCAUCUUAGCUACGGGCCAAAAGCCCAACACUUCUCUUCUCGAUCAUCUCCCACUGUCUGCGCCCGGUUCCCUUAUAAACCCCGACAGCGGAUUCAUCCGCAUCCGGCCCACCAUGCAGUUUGCGGACGAGCAGUACCCCAAUCUCUUUGCGGUGGGUGAUAUCGCCGAUACCGGACUGCGCAAGGCCGCCAGGCCUGGCUCGGCACAGGCUGGGGUUGUCGCGCGGAACAUCCUGGCGAUGGUUGAGGGCAAGACGCCAGAGGAGCAGUUCCCUCACUGGCCGGCAGCGAUUCAUCUUUCCCUGGGAUUGAAAUACAAUGUCGUGUUCAGAGAUCCCAACCCGGCCGAGGGACAGACCGAGCCGACGGUCGAUAGGCGGGACGAUGGCCGUGAGGAUAUGGGAGUUGCCGGAUGGUGGGAGCGACUGGGUGUUGCCGUCAAAAACCUAUCAGAGUACCACUUGUAG